AUGAAAGCCAAACUUGACCUACACCACAGAAAGGCGGAAAAGGCUAGACUAGAAAUGGAAAAAGACGGUAAUUUGUCACAAAUCCCGACGGCCAGCAUUAGCAUGAUGUCUAUAGAUUUAGAACAAGUUUUAUUUUUGCCAACACUUACACAUACGCAGAUGUUUUAUAGCAGACAGCUUUCGUGCUAUAAUCUAGGAAUACACAUAUCUGAUACUGGAACUGCUCAUAUGUGUCUUUGGGACGAAUCCAUAACAGGUAGAGGAGCUAAUGAAAUUGGAUCUGCCCUUUUAAAGUGCCUUAACUUGCCAGCUUUGAAUAUGAAAAAAAACUUAGUGAUUCGGUCGGAUAAUUGCAUAGGACAGAACAAAAACAAAAUGUUGCUUUUUUUGUUCAUAUAUUUGGUCCAUAAUGGAAAGUUUGAAAAAAUUGAACAGAAAUUUUUAGUUUCCGGGCAUUCCUAUUUGGCAUGUGAUAGGGACUUUGCGCAGAUUGAGCGUCGUAAAAGAGUCACAAAAAACUACGUACCGGAUCAUCUUGAAAAAAUGAUUAGGAGUGCACAACAUAAAAAUCCAUUCAAUGUCAUUCGUAUGAAUAGAGAAGAUUUUAAAAAUCUUCAAGAGAUUUCCGAUAGCUUUUUAAACACGACCAAACUGACUAUAUCCAAAGCCUGUUGGAUAGAAGUUUCUAAGAAAAAUCCAACUUUAGUCAGAACAAAAACAACGUUUAACGAAAUGGAAGAAUGGACCUCUUGUAACGUUUUAAAACGAGGCAAAACUUUGAGUGACCUUAAAACAACACCGUUGCCACAGUUAGAUUGCAAAAACCGCAUAUCUCAGGAAAAGGCCAAACAUUUAGAAGACAUGUUAGAUUACAUACCACUUGCAUAUAUCUCAUUUUAUACCGGUAUCAUCGAAAAAACCAAGCAAAACAAUCCAGAGUAA